CUCCACUCUCUCUUCUCUCAUCUCAAACAACAACGAUAUAUAGUCAUCACACACACACCUCUUCAAAAAAAACCAUCUUAAAGCAACUUAAAAGUUCUUAAAGUUUCUGUUUAUUAAAACCGUUCAAUCCAUUCAGAUUUAACUAUGGCUGAAGAGUACAAGAACACCGUUCCCGAGCACGAGACCCCAAAGGUCGUCGCAACAGAUGAAUCAUCAACGACUACUACACCAGAAGUUACCGAUCGUGGAAUGUUCGAUUUCUUGGGGAAGAAGAAAGAGGCAGAGACUACGACGCUCGAGUCUGAGUUCGAUCAUAAGGCUCAGAUCUCGGAACCGGAGUUAGCUGCGGAACACGAGGAAGUGAAGGAGAACAAGAUUACUCUCCUCGAGGAGCUUCAAGAGAAGACCGAAGAGGAUAAGGUGAACAAACCUAGUGUCAUCGAAAAGCUUCACCGAUCCAACAGCUCUGCUUCUUCUUCGGACGAUGAAGAAGGUGAGGAGAAGAAAGGAGUAGUGGAGAAGAUCAAGGAGAAGCUUCCAGGCCACCACGACAAGGAAACAGAGGAUCAAGAUGUACAAGUCGUCACCACCCUCAAGGUACCAAUUCCGGAGAGUUCGGUGGAGCAUCACCAAACCGAGGGUGAAGAGAAUAAAGGAGUAAUGGAUAAGAUCAAAGAGAAGCUUCCAGGCCACGAGGAAAAGGAGACAGAGGAUUCACCUGUCCCAACCAGCACGCCAGUAACUGUAACGGAGCACCCGGUGGGACAUUCGGAGGAGCAUCCGGUUGAGAAGAAGGGGAUUCUUGAAAAGAUUAAAGAGAAGCUUCCAGGUUAUCACGCCAAGACAGAGGAAGAGAAGAAAGAAAAAGAGUCUUCUGAUUAAUUUAAGAAAAGAAAAAAAUGAUGAAAGAAUGAAAUAAUGAUAUGGGAGUGUGGGACAUUUGCUGUGUUUUUGUGAUCAUUAUCUUUCUCUGUUUUUUUUCUUUUUCUACAAGUUGGUUCUUGUGGCUUUCAUUUGAUUGCAUUUGAUCCUUUAUUUUGUAAUUUCAUUUUAUCUUUGUUUGCAUAUGGUUUCUUACAUACCUAAUGUUUUAAAGUUUAUGUGAUAAUUUCUGUGUAAAUUUUCAGUUGGCCAUUCCAUCUA